UCCAACUAGAAAACAGAACCAAAUAUGACAUAUAUUAGAUGUAGGAUAUUAGUAUAAAAAGGAACAAAACAGCAGUUCCUGUUUUUGGAAGUCAUCUCUCUCCCUAUAAAUUUUACAUAGGGAUCUCAGAAUUCUUGAGCCUAAUCUGAUUUCUUGACAGAGAGACAGAGAGAGAUGGCAAGCAGGAGAUACUGUUACAAGGAUGUAUUGCCAUUUACAAGCUUAGUAACAAUGGAGUGUAUAAACGUAGGCUUAAACACUCUCUACAAAGCAGCCACUUUAAAAGGGAUGAAUUAUCAUAUCUUCAUUGUUUAUUCUUAUGCUAUUGCCGCUCUUGUUCUCCUUCCUGCUCCUUUCAUCUCCUACAGAUCAAGAGUGCUUCCUCCAUUAAAUUUCUCUAUAAUGCGUAAAAUUGCUCUUCUUGGGCUUAUUGGGAGCUCAUCUCAGAUUUUAGGGUAUACAGGAAUCAAUUACAGUUCUCCUACUCUUUCUUCAGCCAUCAGCAACCUGACACCAGCUUUUACUUUCAUUCUUGCCAUCAUCUUCGGAAUGGAGAGAGUUGGACUAAGAAGAAGAAGUAGCCAAGCUAAAGUCAUAGGGACAAUUGUGUCAAUAGCAGGAGCAUUUGUAGUGACUCUAUACAGAGGCCCACCAAUUGUUAUUGUUUCAUCACCAUCUGUUUCUCUAUAUCAGCCUCUUCUUCAUUCAUCAAAUCCAAAUUGGAUACUUGGUGGCAUUUUUCUUACUGGUGAAUACAUACUUGUUCCAUUAUGGUAUAUUGUUCAGACUCAAAUAAUGAAAGAGUACCCAGCAGAGCUCACAGUAGUCUUUUUUUACAACCUGACUGUGAGCAUUAUAGCAGCUUUUGUAGCUCUGUUUACAGAAGGUGCUACUAGUGCUUGGAUUGUUCGGCCAAGUAUAGCAUUAGCCUCCGUUGUUUGCUCGGGACUGUUUGGAUCAUGCUUGAACAAUACUGUUCACACAUGGGCUCUGCAUUUGAAGGGACCUGUCUUUGUAGCAAUGUUCAAGCCUUUGUCAAUUGCUAUUGCAGUUGCCAUGGGAGCCAUGUUCCUUGGUGAUUCCCUCUAUCUUGGAAGUCUAAGCGGAGCAACGAUAAUAUCUAUUGGGUUCUAUACUGUAAUGUGGGGGAAAGCCAAAGAAGAGUUUAGUGAGGAUCCUCAACCUCCAUCCACCCACAAAGUCCCUCUAUUGCAAAACUACAAAGAAGAACUAGUGUAGCAGUUCUUACUUGUUAGGGUCGAAAUUGACCAGAAUUGCCACCUUAUUACCAGUCUUGAGCAGCAUGAUUGUACAGUGUAACAGUAAAAAAUGCUCGGGACCGAGUAAGCUGGAGGAAACCGUAUAGCUAUUGUACAUAACAAGUAUCCAACUACAAGUGUCUACUCUUAUAAAAAUCUAGUACGUGAUGGCUCAUGUUUGCCUGGUGAACAACAUAAGCUGCAUCAACGCUUGGUAUUUGGUGUUUUCAAUCUUAUAAAUGCCUAACAAAGUGUAAUCAGAACUCCUUGCUUGCAACUAAAAGCACAUCUUCAUAAAUUAUUAGCAA